AUGCUUCUACAUUUACUUAGUGCUCUUACACUUCUGUUAGCUCCUGAAGAUCUCGUUUGUCAUCCUUUCCUAAGCGAAUUUUCGACGCUUCGUUUCCGUACCACUGCGGAUCUUCAAUAUAUUGAACUGGCUGUAACGGAAGAGUGCCGAAGCAAUGUGCAAGCUAUGAAGGAAAUGAAGAUUUCCUCAUAUGGUCUGUUAGUACUCAACAGGAAGUCACCUCUGAAAGAUAAGGAACGCAAGUUCUUUACUUCGAUCUUCGCAGACUUCAACAAUGAAAAAUGGCCUAAAAACAAGGAGUUCCAAGCCUUCUUCGUUAGCGGAAGUCAGGAACCCGAUGGCAGUGUAGUUCCACCUGGAAACUUUCCACGAGCGGAGCGAAAACUGCAUUUCAACUUUUAUAAUCUUAAGGCUAAAGCGGCGAAAUGCUCUCGGUUGAUCAACUGGGUGUUCUGCAAUCUCCCUUCCGAUCAGCAAGAACACGGGCAGAAAUCGCUACACGAAUUUUUCCCUUCGUCUAGCAGAACGGAGCCUCCGCAGAUUCAUCACGAAGACUAUUACCGUGAUGGGCAAUCCGUUUUCAUCGUUUUGCAUUUCAAAGGGAAGGACGCGGAGCACUUUGCCAAAUUAUUCAGCUAUGUAGGAACCAGUCGCAGAGGAAAUGCAGUGUAUCGAGAAGAAAAUCUACACAUAACACUAGAAAAACAAGAGUGGUUAUCGUCUCGAAUAGUUGAUAUAGUCGUCUUUUCUCCAUCAGACGAUGUUUCGAAGGUGAUACCGAUGGAACGAUUGGACAAUUUGUGGCCAGACAUCAAUCGCCAAAUGGUCUUCCAUGUCCUUCCAGAAAACUCCUUGACUCCUCAGAAUUCCGCCUCUCUUUGCGGCUCUAAAUGGGCAAUCACUAAGAGGACUCCCGGGUAUGACAACAAAUGCGAGGGCGAAGGGUUUGACGGAUACCUUGAACAAUGGAAUAGACGUCCUGAUAACCCCAUUAGAAGGGGUGGAAUGACAACGACUACGACAACUACGACAAUAUCUCCAGUCGAGGGUGGAGGUCCAGAUCGAGAAUAUCCUGGCUCGCCUACUGAUUUCGGCGACACAGCUGCGGAUGAGUUCCCUGCUUUUCUCCUAGGUAACGCUGGCCUCCAAUAUUCUAGAUUGGAGGCCAGCAUGUCGAAGCUGCUAGAGAAGGUGCAGCAUAUUGAGAACAAACAACAAAUGUUCGGCGAUGCUCAGAUGGCGCUCGCCGCUGAAUCGCAACAUACAACGAACCUCCUCAAAACUAUGAUGAGCUAG